AGUCACUUGGACCAAAAAGUAGCGGCAGUCAUGGCGAUCGCAGUGAAUGAGCAUGCCGACUAUGACCCGAGUUCACCUCAGGUCAUGAAUGCAUUUUACAGGCGACUGUUCCCGUAUCGACCAUUCUUCCUUUGGCUCAACCAGGAUCAUGUCCCGGCGAAGCUAUACACGCACCGAGAGUUUGCAUUCACCCUUCAAGGCGACGUUUACAUUCGGUACAACUCAUUUCAUACCGCCGACGAAUUCAAGCGGGAAGUGCUGCGGUUGAAUCCCUCGCGUUUCGAGAUCGGCCCACAGUAUUCAGCAAGGCCGAGAGAUAGAAAAACGCUUCCCGCUGGAGCUUUGCAACCGCAACGGCGCGAACUGGUUUUUGAUAUCGACAUGACAGACUACGACGAGAUUCGAACAUGCUGUACGGACAAGAAGAUCUGCAAACGCUGUUGGGGGUUCAUCGCUGCGGCUGUCAAAGUGUUGGAUCAUGGUCUGAGGGAGACAUUUGGCUUUAAACAUCUACUCUGGGUUUACUCUGGACGUCGAGGUAUUCAUUGCUGGAUCUCGGAUCCCGCUGCAUUGGACUUGACGGAUGAUCAGCGGAAAGGUCUGGUGACGUUUAUGGAGGUCAUCAAGGGAGGCAAGGAACAGGCCAAGAAGGUCAAUGUGAGGGGAUCAAAGGAUGAAGGCAGCUUGCAUCCAGUGCUGAAGGAAUCGCUCGAGCUGCUGAAACCGGAGUUUGUGGACGUGUGCCUCAGAGAUCAGGAUUGUUUCAGGUCGGAGCAAGGAUGGGAAACAUUGCUGGCAUUGUUGCCAACAGACCGAGAUGUCGUUGGUCCUUUGAGGGCAGACUGGAAAAAUUCGGACAAAUCUAGUAUGGCCAAGUGGGAGCAAGUCAUGAAGCUGGUCGGGGAAAUGAGAACGUCCAAUUCGCCCUUAUUUAGAAAAUACGAAAGAGCGUUAGAGGAUAUCAUCCUUCAGUACUCAUAUCCACGUAUCGAUGCGGAAGUGUCGAAACAUAGAAAUCACUUGCUCAAAGCGCCGUUCUGUGUACAUCCAGGGACCGGCCGUAUAUGUGUGCCGGUCAACCCGUCGUUGGUUGACGAGUUCGAUCCUGCUUUAGUCCCUACAGUUGGCGAGCUUUUGAACGAACUGGAUCGCAUCCCUCCAGACUCGGGCGAAGCCCGUAAGGCCGAUGACUACGAACACACUUCUCUGAAGCCAUAUGUGGACAUGUUUGAGAAGCAUGUGGCGGCAAUCUUACGUGACAGUCGAGGAGCCAAGCGGGCUGCUAAGGAGGAGUCAAUGGACUUUUGAAAACCAUUCUUCACCAUCUCUGUUGUAUAUCGUAUGCACUGUUUUGC